AUGUGGAUCCAAGUGCGCACCAUGGAUGGCAAGGAGGCCCACUCUGUGGACUCGCUGUCCAGGCUGACCAAGGUGGAGGAGUUGCGGCGGAAGAUCCAGGACGUGUUCCACGUGGAGCCAGGCCUGCAGAGACUCUUCUACCGGGGCAAGCAGAUGGAAGAUGGCCACACUCUCUUUGACUAUGACGUCCGCCUGAAUGACACCAUCCAGCUGCUGGUCCGCCAGAGCCUGGUGCUGCCCCCCAGCACGAAGGAACGCGACUCUGAGCUCUCUGACACCGACUCGGGCUGCUGCCUGGGCCAGGGUGAGUCGGACAAGUCGUCCAACCACGGUGAGGCAUCUGCGGACGCCGACAGCAAGGCUGGCUUGGCGGACGAGGACACAUGGGAUGAGACUGAGCUCGGGCUCUACAAGGUCAAUGAAUACGUCGACGCUCGGGACACGAACAUGGGCGCGUGGUUCGAGGCGCAGGUGGUCAGAGUGACCAGGAAGGGGCCCUCAAGGGACGAGCCCUGCAGCUCCACCUCCAGCCCGCCCCUGGAGGAUGACGUCAUUUACCAUGUGAAAUAUGAUGACUACCCGGAGAAUGGCGUGGUCCAGAUGAGCUCCCGGGACGUCCGUGCACGUGCCCGCACCAUCCUUCCGUGGCAGGAGCUGGAGGUGGGCCAGACAGUCAUGCUCAACUACAACCCCGACAACCCCAAGGAGCGUGGUUUCUGGUAUGACGCCGAGAUCCUGCGGAAGCGCGAGACCAGGACCGCACGGGAGCUGUACGCCAACGUCAUGCUCGGGGACGAUUCCAUUAACGACUGUCGCAUCAUCUUCGUGGACGAAGUCUUCAAGAUCGAACGCCCGGGCGAAGGGAGCCCAGUGGUGGAAAACCCGAUGCGACGGAAGAGCGGGCCCUCCUGCAAGCACUGCAAGGAUGACGAGAACAAGACCUGCCGUGUGUGCGCCUGCCACCUGUGUGGGGGCAAGCAGGACCCUGGCAAGCAGCUCCUGUGUGACGAGUGCGACAUGGCCUUCCACAUCUACUGCCUGUGCCCGCCGCUCAGCGGCAUCCCUGAUGAGAACGAGUGGUACUGUCCCGAGUGUCGGAAUGAUGCCAGCGAGGUGGUGUCGGCAGGAGAGAAGCUGAAAGAGAGCAAGAAGAAAGCGAGGAUGGCGUCAGCCACCUCGUCCUCCCAGCGGGACUGGGGCAAGGGCAUGGCAUGUGUGGGCCGUACGAAGGAGUGCACUAUCGUCCCAUCCAACCACUACGGGCCGAUCCCGGGCAUUCCUGUGGGCACCAUGUGGCGAUUCCGAGUCCAGGUCAGUGAGUCGGGAGUCCAUCGGCCCCACGUGGCAGGCAUCCACGGCCGGAGCAAUGACGGGGCCUACUCCUUGGUCCUGGCGGGGGGUUACGAGGAUGACGUGGACCAUGGGAACUUCUUCACAUACACAGGGAGUGGCGGUCGAGAUCUUUCUGGCAACAAACGGACCGCAGAACAGUCUUGUGAUCAGAAACUCACCAACACCAACAGGGCGCUGGCUCUGAACUGCAGCGCACCUAUCAACGACCGGGACGGGGCCGAGGCCAAGGACUGGCGGGCGGGGAAACCCGUCCGGGUGGUGCGCAACGUCAAGGGUGGCAAGCACAGCAAAUACGCGCCCGCCGAGGGCAACCGCUACGACGGCAUCUACAAGGUCGUGCGGUACUGGCCCGAGAAGGGGAAGUCUGGCUUCCUCGUGUGGCGCUAUCUGCUCCGGAGAGACGACGAGGAGCCUGGGCCCUGGACAAAGGAAGGGAAGGACCGCAUCAGGAGGUUGGGGCUGACCAUGCAGUAUCCGGAAGGCUAUUUGGAGGCCCUGGCCAACAAGGAGAAGGAGAAGGAGAACAGCAAGAGGGAGGACGAGGAGGAGCACAAGGACAAGGAGGAGGAGCAGCAGGGCUUCAGGUCCUCCAGGAAGGGCAAGGGCAAAUGGAAGCGGAAGUCGGCAGGAGGCAGCGAGGCCAGCCCUGGGACCCUGCGUGGGGCACCCAAGAAGACUAAGGUAGAGCCCUACAGCCUCACUGCCCAGCAGAACAGCCUCAUCAAGGAAGACAAGAGCAACGCCAAGCUGUGGGCUGAGAUCCUCAAGUCGCUGAAGGACGGGCCGGUGAGUGGGGGCGGGCAAGGCAUCUGUUUGCUCCUCCUGCCCAGCCCAAAAUUCCUGAGCACAGUGGAGGAGACGUUCCAGUGCAUUUGUUGCCAGGAGGUGGUGUUCCGCCCGGUUACCACUGUGUGCCAGCAUAACGUGUGCAAGGAUUGCCUGGACAGGUCCUUCCGGGCCCAGGUGUUCAGCUGCCCGGCCUGCCGCUACGACCUGGGCCGGAACUACAGCAUGCAGGUCAACCAGCCCCUGCAAGCGGUCCUCAACCAGCUCUUCCCCGGCUACGGCAACGGCCGGUGA